UCUUCAGACUGACAGAACGUAGCCCCAUCUAGCUUCAACAAGUUGAAGUAAGGUCUAAACAAUUUGUUUCUCCAGGUCAAAUCGACACUUUUUAACUGCUUUAUCGCCAAAACGCCGUGAUGGCUUUCAAAGACGUAUCAGUGAAAAUUGCAAGCCAUGUGGUAAUAAUGACAAUACUGGCUGCUACAGUUUGGAUGUCAGAAAAACACAGCAUUACAAUUGAAGUGGAAUGCAAUGGAACACAGGUCACGUGGAACAAAACGAUCCUGAACAAGAAAUCCAUGCAGUAUAAAACAAUGUCCUUGGCUGUGAGAAGUCUGCUGAACAAGGAUCUUAAAAACGUCAAGGGUGUCACUGAUAUUAAAGUAGAAACAUUUCUGAAGAUUCACGGAGAACGUGGAACGUUUUGCAAAUUCGAGUUUGAGUCCGACGUUGGAAAAGAAAGUGUCGAAGAGAAGCUUAACCAUUCCCUCGAAAUUGGCAUGGAAAAAGCGUUGAUCUCGUACCGUCGGCUGAACAUGAGCCUUCUGCUGCCGGGUGUGGAAUGGAAGGAUCCCUUUGCUGAUCACAACAGGUCUGAGUACAGAAACAUAACAAAAGCGAUAGAAGAUGCUCUUAAUGACUUCUACCAAGAUACAGACAACGUCGUGGAUUUUGAGGUCGUGUCGCUCGCUAAAGCAAAUGACCGAUGGACCUCAGCCAAGGUGGAGUACUUUCUUUUGGUCUCGUCAGCGUUCAACGCGACAAGAAAAGAUUUGCAAGACACACUUUCAGCGUUUACAAAAAGUGACACGUAUGGAAAGACGUUCCCUGAUGCCAAACGGAAAAAAGAACUCAAAGAGACUGAUACCGAGAGUAUCAAGAAGGAUAAAGACAAUCAGAAGAGCAUAUUGACAGUGAGCUUGAUUGUGGUUGCAGCGAUGACUAUCUGUGCAGUGAUGAUAGUCUUCCUUAUUGUGGUUAUCCGUCAGAAUUGGAAAUACAUCAAAGAGCACGCACCCGAGGUCUUAUUUGAAUUGUACCGAAAAAGACGAAACGGGACUAAGCCGAAAAUUCCCGAGAAAGCCCAAGAGGAGACCAAGACCACUGCUGCUGGCAGUGAGGAUUGCAUUGUUGAGUUGCAUUCAUUUGACAAUCCAGUAUCUUCUGAAUCCUAACUUAAUCUGUCAGAUAACAGUCGGGGGGUACUCCCCCUUGUGUGUGUCUUUCUCGAUCGGAG